AUGAAGUUAACUUUGUGGUUAUCAGUUUGAUUAGCUAUUAUUAUUUUUUAGUAUUUUUGAAUAAGAACAACUAAGUCUAAACGACAUGAUAUACUAUUAUAAUGAGUUUUAUGUCUCAAACAAUUUCAAAAAAUUCGCUGCGCAGCUCGUUGAGUACAGCUAAACUUAAGUCAAAGCAAGGAACUAUUACUGAAUUAUUUAGUCGUCAGCUGACGAAUACCGCGUCAAAUGAUGCAGCAGAGACAUCAAGCAAUAAUAACACCAACAAUAGCUGCAGUGAUUCUGGAAAAGGGAACUCAAAUGAAGGUCAAAAUGAAGUAGAAGAUGAAAUAAUUUAUUCUUCUCAAGAAUCACUCAGUAAGAUCUCUCAAGAUGUGACAAUAAUUGACUCAUCUCCUAGUAGCUCUCCAGAGAAAGAUUUGAGCCGUAUUAAAUCUUUGGAGAGAUCUAGGUCAGAUGUUAUUAAUAUAUCUUCUACUGUCGAAACACCAGAUGAGGCAGGGAAGAAAUUUCAAAAUGUUUCUUCCUUAGAUUCUUCAAAUAAUAGAAUACAAACAAAGAAAAAGAGGACUGUUAUCAUUUCAAGUGAUGACAGCUCUCAUGAUGAAAGGGUUUCACCUAAAAAGGAAGUGAAAAAGACAUUUCUUUUGAAGAAGCCAAGUAGUCUAAUUUCAUCUAAUCCUUCCAAGGCUGGCCUAUUUGCAACACCUCAGAAAAAAAUCAUUAGAAAAAUAGUUGCCGAUUCUCCAAAAAAAGUUCAAAAUAUUGAAACUGAUGCUGUCUCGAAGACUAAUGAAAAUAAGAUAGUUGAAAAUAAUUUGAAAAAAAAAAUUCAAAAACCUUCUAGAAGUACUACUGGUAAAACUUCCAAUGAAAUAUCAAAUGGGAAUACGGGUGAUUGUGAGGAUUCUGUUGAUGAAUGCCUGGCCACAUGGUUGGAUAGUAUGUCAUCUCAUCCAGCAGUUUUGAGUAAACUUCCUGCUAAAGCUAGUGAAAAAGAUCUGCGUGAUAUUUAUAAGGACCUUGAGGAUUGUGAAUAUGAAAUAAUGGAUAAAGCCUUCUCAAUUCUUGUUAAUCUUCCAUCGUUUGUAUCUGAAUUAAUCCCAAGUUUGAAAGGGGAUAGUGCGCUUUUGAAAAAGCUUCAAGUAUUUCGACAAAUGAUGAAAGCUAAAAUGAAACGAACUAGAUUACUUUUAAGAAACAAAACCAAAACUCAGAAAGAUUCCUUUUUGGCUAGUUCUAGUGAUUUAAAUACAUCAAUUGAAAGUGACUGCUUACCUGACUCUAAAACAAGUUCUAUAAAUAUUUCAGAUAAUAAUGCUGUAAAUGAAACUCCUCCAUCACACCAUUUUAGCGGCAGUAAUAAUAUUAAAAAAAGUAACUCUUGUGUUUCACCUAAAAAUAUUUAUUCAGAUUUUUCUUUAAUGAGAAGCAGUAAGCCUGGUAGCAGUGUUUUAGGACUGUCUCGCUGUGAACAAACUAAUGAAACCUUCAAUCAGGCUGGGGCAUCUGCAAGUUUAACCAGUCAAAGUACUGAUAAUAUGAUGAAUAACAUUGUUUCUGGUGAUAAACUAAAAGGAUUAACUUCUGAGAAUAAUUUUAAACAAACAAAUUCACCCUCCACUUCCGGAUUUAAAUUAAAACAACCAUCAAUGUUGCUGAAGAGUUUAAGUUCAUCUGUUCAUAAUGAUGUGGGUCCAUCUACCAAUAAAACAUUUCCAUCCACUAAUGAGAAUUCUUUUGUAAGAGCUUCUGACUACAAUAGUUCUGAAAAUUUAACUCCAAGUAAUCCUGGUAACAGCAGUGUUUUUGAAUUGUCUACUAAUACCGCUCUAACUUCUGAAAACUUCAGUCAGGUCAGGUCAUCCUCAAAUUUGACCAGUAAAAGUAGUGAUAAUCUAAUGAAUAGCACUAUUUCUGAUGAUAAGCUAAAAGGAUUAACUUCUGAGGAUAAUUUUAAACAAAUAAAAUCACCCUCCACUUCCGGAUUUAAAUUAAAACAACCUUCAAUGUUACUAAAAAGUUUAAAUUCAUCUGGUUUUACUGAUGAGAGUCCAUCUAUAAAUAAAACAUUUCCAUCUAAUAACGAAAAUUCUUCUGUGAGAUCUUCUGGAUUUAAAAGUUCUGAAAUAACAAAUGUCUGUAAUUUUAAUAAAGAUUUUUCAGUUAAAGAAAACUUUGAAAGUUAUGUGCCUAAAAACUCAAUUGGUUUAAGUGCUUUAAAAAAUGACAGUUUUAAAAAUAAUUUAUCAGAAAGUUUGACAACUGCUACACCUAAGUCAUCAACCAUUACUGAUUAUGAGCCCAGCACUCAAUAUACUCCUGUAUUUUCCAAGCCUGUGAAACCAUUAAACAUCUCACAGACGUCUCUAGGUUACAAUGAAAGUCCCAAGGAUUUUGAGCCUACAAUUUCCAGCUUUGGAAAUGUUAAUAUAAGUAGUACUAAAGAAUUUAGCUCUACUAAUUAUCCCCAUUCAGCUGAAAUGAUGAAGGUAUUCCGUACCAAAUUUGGACUUCAUAAAUUUCGGCCUAACCAGAUGGAAGCCAUUAAUGCUGCCAUGCUAAACUAUGACUGCUUCAUACUGAUGCCUACUGGUGGAGGAAAGUCACUUUGUUACCAACUGCCUGCUAUUUUAAGUAAAGGCACUACCAUUGUCAUAUCUCCACUCAAGUCACUCAUUUUCGAUCAAACUGAAAAAUUGAAAUCUCUUGAUAUUAAUGCAGCUUGUCUUACGAGUGAAGCAAGUCUUACUGAAGCUAACAGAAUAUAUCACCAUUUAAGUGUUAACAAAAAUCAAACAGAUAUCAAGCUACUUUUUGUUACUCCUGAGAAAAUAUCAAAUAGUGACAGAUUGAACAGUGUUUUUGAGACCAUGUACAAUAAUGGUCUUCUUUCUAGAUUUGUUAUUGAUGAAGCACACUGUGUUUCACAAUGGGGCCAUGAUUUCAGGCCUGAUUACAAACGGCUCUCACUGCUGAGAACGAAAUACCCUAAUGUUCCUAUAAUGGCUCUUACGGCUACCGCUACACCUCGAGUUAGAAAAGACAUUCUUCAUCAACUUUCCUUGAAGGAACCCAAGUGGUUUUUGUCAAGUUUUGACAGACCUAAUUUAAAAUAUGAAGUACGAAACUUAAGUGGUAAAGCUGCUCUGUUAGAAGUCUUAGGUCUUCUUAAAACAAGGUUUGCCAAAGAUUGUGGUAUUAUAUAUUGCCUUUCUCGAAAUGACUGCGAUUCUCUCGCUCAUAAUUUGAAGCUUAAUCAGAUUAAGGCUGCUGCAUACCAUGCAGGACUCAGCGAUGACCAGCGCUGCACUGUACAAACGAAGUGGAUUACUGAUAAAAUACAGGUUGUAUGUGCUACUAUUGCAUUUGGAAUGGGAAUCGAUAAACCAGAUGUGCGUUAUGUCAUUCACUAUUCUUUACCAAAAUCAUUAGAAGGUUAUUAUCAGGAAGCUGGAAGAGCUGGUAGGGAUGGAGACCGAGCAAAUUGUCUACUGUAUUAUAGUUAUAAGGACAUGCACCGCAUUAGGAAGAUUAUUGAGAUGGACCGUGAUGGAACUGAAGCAUCAAAAAAGACUCAUUUAGACAAUUUGUGGAAAAUGGUCAGGUUCUGUGAAAAUAAAACAGAGUGUAGAAGAGUUAUGCAGCUUAAUUAUUUUGGUGAACAGUUCAGUAGAGAACAAUGUAGAUCACGUCCAAGUACAGCUUGUGACAAUUGUCUUAGCAAGGACGAAUACAAUGUUGAAGAUGUAACCUCAAUUGCCAAAGAAUUAGUUUCUGCUGUCAAAGAAGUUUGUGGUGAUGUUAGAACCAGUUCAUGGGGAAGCAACUUUACCUAUCUUCAUAUCAUAGAUAUUUUUAAAGGAAGUGCUUCUAAAAAAGUAAUCCAGAGUGGUCACAAUAAAUUGCGACUUCAUGGUCUUGGUAAAUCGUGGAACAGAGUUGACAGCGAGAGAUUGAUUCAUAAGCUGACCCUUGAUGGCUAUUUAGGUGAAAUUCAUGUUGCAUCGAAGGAUGGGAUAGUAAAUGCCUACGUCAAGGUUGGCCCUAAAGCAGAUCUGCUGAUACAAGGUAAAGCUAAGGUAGAACUACCUAUGAAAAAGGAUAGCAGCAAUGGAAAAGGGAAGGGGGCUGUGGCUUCUACGAGUUCUACGAAAGAUGCAGAGACAGAAAAUGAGGAGGUUAAAAAGAUAGAAGAUGCAUGCUACGCUGCUCUCAGGGAAAAAGUUAGAGAGAUAGCUCUACAGUUGCAUGUUUCUACUAAUUCUGUUAUGACAGCUGAGGCUUUGAAAGCUAUGUCCCAGUCGUUACCUGAGACUGAAGAAGAAAUGCUUAAUGUUGUUGGAGUAACAAAAGCGAAUUUCGAUAAAUAUGGUCAACAGCUCUUGGAAAUUAUUUCAGAAUAUGCUUUUGCUAGAGACGUUUUGCUGUGUGAAAGAGCAAAUAAAGAAACUGAAGAAGCAGGUCCAUCAGGUGAAUCAUGGGAAAGCUCUCCGUAUUUCGAAUCUCCUGUUUCUGUACAGAUUGGAACGAAGAGAAAAGGAAGAUUCAGAGGUCGAGGGCGAGCUAAAAGGGCUAGGGGCAGGAGCACCUCUUCCGCUGGUUCUUCAACAAGGAGCGUUACUCGACGAAAUUUUAAAGGGGCUAAGAAAAAGCCAUCGCCAAAGAAGAAAGCCGUUGGCAGUGGUAGUAGAGGUAGAGGUAGAGGGGUAUACAUUCCUCUUCCUAAGUUCUGAAAUAUUCACCAAUUUAGUUUGGUUAAGCCUUAUUGUAAAUAUAUAUAUUUUAUAGACUGGUUUGUGAAGUUUUUGUAUUGUAAAAAACAAUUGUUAUCAGGAGUUCAAUAAUUUGUAAAGUGUACAGUCUAACUUUCAUUUCAAAUGUACUUACUUAUCGAAACAUUUUUGUUUAAACAGGUGUUGACAAGUUUUAUAACAGAUUACCUCAAUAAUGUAAAUUAUUCUGAAAAUAGUUUGUUUUAUUUAUAUAUAAUUUUAAAUUACAGUUAAUAGAUUAAAUAGUAAGGAGUGAUUUCAUCCAUAUAAAUAGUUACAUCUAUUUUAUGUAUUUUAUGUGUAUAUUUAUUUUUAUAAAAUUUUCUUAAGAAAGCUAAAGUUUAUU